AUGUCGUUGCAAAGUCAAACCGACGUCAAUGCUCUGCUGCACAACAUGCGUGCACAGAUCUUGGCGUUAACUACGCAACUUGCCGAGCUGCAAGCGGCCCCUGCUGCUGCAGCAACCCCCUUGGUUGAGAAGAAGUUCAAUAAAAAAGUCAAAAUUGUCGCUGACCCCGGCGCCUUUGAAGGAGAACAAGCACAAUUCGCCGAAUGGUGGAUCAAACUCCAGAUUUGGGUCAAGGCAAACUGGGGUGCAUUUGCUGAUGAUUUUGAGGAGUGCUACACCGCGGGAGUGUGGCCUGCCUGGGAUGAUCUCAAAGUUGAGAUCGAAAAAUAUUUCAAACUGCAAGCUGAGCGAGACUGGGCGUGUCAGCAAAUCCGAUCCUUGAAGCAAGGAAACUGUGAGGAAUCGAUUUUUCUUAUCGCAUUCCCGUCAUGUCGUGGUUAG